AUGACGUCCAGAUUACAAGAGCAUCAACCCGCGAAAUGGCUAUUUUGGCUGGCGGCAUCUUGUGUGGCGGGGAUUGCCGGGUACCUAUACAUUGGACAGGGAGGAUUACAGGGUCUUUCUGACGCAGACUAUGCGGGCAGAACGCAGCAAUUGUUACGCACCACCCCAUUGAUUGAUGGCCACAACGAUCUGCCGUAUCUCCUCCGCAUCGAGUUGCAGAACAAGAUCUACAACAGCUCAUACGAUUUCCGAAACCAACUCUCCACAGGCCACACAGACCUCGAACGCCUGCGGCAAGGCAAGGUAGGGGGCCAGUUCUGGUCCGUUUUCGUGGAAUGCCCCGAUCUCGAGAACCUUGACGACCCCAGCCACAGCGUCCGUGACACCCUGGAGCAGGUCGACGUGACGCGGCGCUUCAUCGAGCAGGUUGAAGAGCUGCAGUUCUGCGACACGCCCGCCUGCGUCUCGUCAGCCUUCCGCUCUGGCAGGGUCGCGUCAAUGCUCGGAGCAGAGGGCUUGCACCAGGCCGGGUCGUCCAUCGCUGUCAUCAGACAGCUCUUUGACCUGGGAGUUCGCUACAUUACGAUCACGCAUAACUGUGAUAACCCCUUUGCCACGGCGGCAUCUACAGUCACCGCUGGGGGCGCAGACGAGGCGCUGAGCGAGUUUGGCAUCGCCGGGAUCCGCGAGAUGAACCGUCUGGGCAUGAUGGUCGAUCUUUCUCAUGCGUCCCACGAGACCAUGCGUCAGGUCCUAGACGUGACCCAGGCACCCAUCAUCUUCAGCCAUAGCACGUGCUAUGAGCUCGCAAAGACAUACCGAAAUGCCCCGGAUGACGUUCUCGCCAGGUUAAGGCAGAAUGGGGGAGUCCUGAUGAUUAUGUUUGUGAAGCGGUUCCUUAAUGCGGAGGACCCGGAAGCCGCCGACAUUGAGAGGGUGGUCGACCACAUCAUGCAUGUGGUCGAGGUGGCUGGGUGGGACCACGUCGGCAUAGGCGGAGACUUUGACGGCACUGUGACCCUUGCUAACGGCAUCACGUCGGUGGCUGACUAUCCCAAGCUCAUCGAGGCGGUGAUGAAGCGUGGCGCCACGGACAGUCAAGUCAAGAAGCUGGUUGGGCAGAAUCUUCUCAGGGUAUGGGCCGAGAAUGAGAGGGUGGCAGCACGCUUGUCCCGAGAGAUCAUGCCCGUCGAGGACGUAUGGAAAGGGAGACUAUUCACGAGGUGGAACAACCCGCUACCGCGUUUAAUUCCGGAUAAUCCAAAUAGGAUUGCUGCGACGGACUACCCUUGA